AUGGCAGACAUCGAGAAGGUCGCGGUUGCUCAUCUCGAGCGUACGGAGUCUGAUGAUUCUGUUGUCUCUACCACCGAUGCUCGCCUCAACGACUUCUCCCCGGAGGAAGCCAAGAAGCUCAUCUGGCGGAUCGAUGUUCGACUUGUCCUCACCCUUGGAUUUAUGUACUGCGUCUCACUUAUGGACAGGACCAACCUGGGAAUCGCAGUGGUAGCCGGUAUGGGCGUGGACUUGAAGUUGAUCGGAUUUCGCUACUCGACCCUCGUCCUCGUCUUCUUCAUCACAUACGUUGCAUUGCAACCACCAGCGACCGUCAUCUUGCGGAAAGUUGGCCCGCGAAUCUUCCUGCCCACGAUCACGCUGCUCUGGGGGGCCACGAUGAUCACAUUUGCCUUUGUGAAAGAUUGGACGGAUAUGAUUCCCCUUCGUCUGGUCCUCGGGAUCUUCGAGGCCGGAUUCUUCCCUGGCUGUGCGUACCUUCUCUCGACCUGGUACCCACGAUACGAACAACAGAAGCGCUACGCCGUCUUCUACCUGAUCGGCAGUCUGUCUUCUGCCUUCAGUGGUAUUCUGGCCUACGGCUUUAGCCACAUGAACGGUCUCGGUGACCUUGGACCAACCUACGGCCAACACUAUGGCCCAACAAAAGAACACCCAACCGCCCCCAAGGGUAUCAUGCCAGGCAUUGCAGGCUGGCGCUGGAUCUUCAUCAUGCAAGGACUCCUCACCUGCGUCGUCGGAGCCAUCGGUGCCUUCACCAUCGCCGAUUUCCCAGAGAAAGCCGCGAAGAAGUCCAAGUCCUUCGCCAUCAGCUUCUUGAACGAGCGCGAAGCCAACUUCAUCGUCGCAAGAAUCGAGAAGGACCGCCACGAUGCCAUCGCCGAGCCUUUCAAGUUGAGCACUUAUCUGCGCUGCGGUCUCGACUCCAAGAUCUGGGGGUUCGCCUCCCUCUUCAUGCUCACCACGACCUCCACCUACGCCAUCGCAUACUUCCUCCCCAUCAUCCUUCACGAGGGAAUGGGCUUCGACGCCGCCAUGGCCGAAUGCCUCAUCGCCCCACCCUACGUCUUCGCCGCCAUCUGGAUGUUCGCCUGCGCCGUCCUCGGCGACAAAUACCACCUCCGCGGCCCCAUCAUCAUCGUCAACGCCCUCCUCGGCGUCAUCGGCCUCCCCAUGCUCGGCUUCCUCACCUCCCCGGCCGCCCGCUACGUCGGCGUCUUCCUCGCUACUACCUCCUGUAACGCUAACGUCCCCGCCAUCCUCUCCUACCAAGCCAACAACCUCCGCGGCCAGUGGAAGCGCGCGUUCGCGUCCGCGACGCUCGUGGGUGCCGGCGGCAUCGGUGGGAUCAUCGGGUCGACGGUCUUUCGCUCGCAGGAUAAGCCGGGGUAUCGACCCGGUAUCUAUGCGACGGUGAUUGCGUCCGCGUUGGUGGUGGUCAUUACGUGUUUUAUGGAUUUGAAGUUCCAUCGGGCGAAUAAGAGUGCUGCUGCUGGGGGUAAGGUUAUUGAGGGACUUGCGGGUUUUAGGUAUACUUUGUAG